AUGUCAGAUAGACCAAGCGAUGCAGAUGAGCUUAAAAUGUAUAGUGUUUCAUCGAUCAAGGCUGCUACUAAUUCCUUCUCAUUGGAAAAUAAACUCGGAGAAGGUGGUUUCGGACCUGUUUACAAAGGAGAAUUGGCAGACAGUCAGGAAAUAGCAGUAAAGAGACUAUUACAAAGAUCAGGACAAGGGCUAAUGGAGUUCAAAAAUGUGCUUAUACUGAUUGCUAGAUUGCAACACAUGAAUCUUGUGCGACUUUUAGGCUUCUGCAUCCAAGGGGAAGAGAGAUUAUUAAUCUAUGAGACAUAUCAAUCGAAGAGGGUGUUAUUAGAUUGGAGAAAACGAUUUGGUUUCAUUGAAGGAAUAGCUCAAGGUCUACUCUACCUUCACAAGUAUUCGAGAUUAAGAAUAAUCCACAGAAAUUUGAAGACCAGUAAUAUAUUACUUGACAAAGAUAUGAACCCCAAAAUUUCUGAUUUUGGUAUGGCAAGGAUUUUCAAGGCAAACGAAUCUGAAACAAACACCAACAGGAUUGUGGGAAACUGUAACGAUUACAUGGCUCUAGAGUAUGCAAUGGAAGGGAUUUUCUCUAUAAAAUCUGAUGUUUAUAGUUUUGGAGUUCUAAUGUUAGAAAUUAUAAGUGGCAAAAGAAGUCACAAUAUCUAUCACUAUGAUCGUCCGCUCAAUCUCGUGGGUUAUGCAUGGGAGCUAUGGAAAGAGGAUGCAUUAGAAAUAUUAGAUCCAACGAUGAGCGACUCAGCUCCAAGAGACCAAGUUUUGAGAUGCAUUAAUGUGGCAUUGCUAUGUGUGGAGCAUAGUCCCUUUGAUAGGCCAAACAUGGCAGAAGUUUUAUCUAUGUUGAGUAAUGAAGUUCAACAGUUGCCAAUGCCCAAACAGCCAGCAUUUUAUGUUGGAACAACCACUACAAAUGCUACAAUGGCAAGUACAAGUGGAGAAAGAGGUGGACAAACUUAUUCAGCAAAUGGCUUGUCCUUGACAGACAUGGCUGGACGAUAA